AUGCUGAGUCAGCAACACGGGGGUGGGCGUGCUGAGUACUUCAUCUAUAUAAGGCAACGUCCGGUAUCAUUUUCAUUACGAAGAAGAGUGUUCUUUGAGUGUGUUGCUAGUGUAAUGGAGGGUACCGCAAACGUGAUAGUGUAUUGCAAUGGUGAGAUUAUACGAAAUACUCAUGAGGGAGUGAGGUUUCUGUGUCAGAAUUCGUUUUUGUUUGUGGUUCCAUGCACCAUGUCGUUUAUGGAGCUUCAAAACGGUCUAUGUCAAAGCAUGGAGAACAGUAUAUUGAGAAGAGUGAGCAGUAUAUUGUAUCGAAAUUCGGUUAUAGUUUUUGGUGGUCUAAUACAGUUUGAUAUCAUGCCGAUCACUGAUGAGGAGAGUAUGCAAAAUAUGUUCCAGAUUCAUCGGCAAACUCAAAUGCGACAGCCACAGAUUGAACUGUAUGUUGAGUUUGAAGACGUAGAGGCAGAUGAGAUUCAAAAUGAUUUAGAUAUAGAGGAUGAUAGAGCUGCAGUGUACGAAGGAAUGAACAGUAACAGCGAAGAGGACUUCGAAGCCACUUAUGAAGCUGGCGAUGAAGACGAGGAUGGUGAUGUGGGAGUCGAAGCAGAAGUGGAGAAUGUGGUGGUUCACCCCGCAGUCAGUCAACCGAUGAACGUCCCACCUUUUAUGCGUAAUUUGGAUCUUGACGCGAUGAAUGCACCGGAAUUUCCAGAAUAUGCAAAUAUAGGUGUUGCUGAUCUUGAGGACGGAGAGUUCAGGAUAGGAAUGGAGUAUAGUUCUAGAAAGUCUGUCGUCACAGCAAUCAGAAGUUACACUAUCUCUAGAGGAGUCGGCUACAAUGUUUACGAGUCCGAACCAUUGACGUUCUAUGCAAAAUACAAGACGUAUGGGCGUGGGUGCGACUGGCUUAUCCGAGCCAACUCGGACACGGUUGUGGAGGCUAUAAUGCCAUUGGUUGAGAGUGACCCGUCCAUCAAAGUCAAAUCUAUAAUUGCAGAAGUCCAGUCAAGGUUUAACUACACCAUCAGUUACCAAAAGGCUUGGUUGGCAAAGCAGAAGUCCAUAGCCAAAGUUUUCGGUGGUUGGGAGGAUUCUUAUCAAGCUUUGCUAUGGUGGCUCUCGGUCAUGACUCAGAAGAUGCCUGGCUCAAUAGUCCAAAUAGAAACACGACCACUGUACAACGGGACUGAGGAGGCGGAUGGUGUCAAAAUACUUCACCACAAAGGUACACUUCUAGUUGCUAUUGCACAAGAUGGGAACCAGAACAUUGUGCAUAUCGCCUUUGCCCUGGUGGAGGGCGAGACAGCUGAUGCGUGGCACUUCUUUCUAAGGAAUCUACAAAGGCAUGUUGUUAGAAAAGACGGUAUUGGUAUGAUCUCAGAUCGACAUGAGUCAAUCCGGGCAGCAGUAAAUUUUUUCGGUGGUGAUUGGCAACCUCCGAGAGCAUGGUGGAUAUUUUGUAUAAGGCACAUCGGUAGCAACUUCUUAAGGGCAUUCAAAGUACAGCACUUGCAAAAACUUGUUGUCAACAUAGGGUAUUCAAGGACAGUGGAGGAGUACAACAUCAAUUACAAGAGGUUGGAAGAGCGAGGCGAGGCAUGGCAUAUGCCCGGUGGUGCGAUGCCAUUGGACUUAGACACUGGGUAUUGGCAUUUGAUGAGGGUCAUCGAUGGGGCCAUAUAA